AUGGUCGAUACGAGGUGUCUGCGACAAGGAUAUGGCAGUUUCAUUCGGGCGACCAGGCUCGACGACGAUGACGAGGUGUCUGCUCGACUGCGAUGUGGAAUGAUCGUAUGUCAUCGUCAUCCCACAAGAGCGACCGGAAACCACGCCGAUGGGAUAGAAUUAUCCGCUAGUGCUACAGAAGCGAAUGCAAAAUUAGAAAUCUACCCUUCUGGCAACGGCUGGUUCGAGGCUGGCAUUCCAGUGACGCGAUUUAUCGCACAGCGGCGAACGCGUGGCGUCGGAAAGCAACAGGUUGUUGAACGAAGAGAGACUAUCCUGGCUGGCUGGCUGGUCGAUUCGACUGCCGGUAGAGUCCUAGCAAGGCCGGUCGAGACGACGACGCGCCACGCUAGAAAGUUGUACAGAAGAGAUGGUAUGCGAUUGUUCGAACGGAGUAUUUUACCUGCUUCAUUCGUGUGACGCGCUUGUGACGUGUAAGAAGGCAUGUGGGAGAACUGCCCACGCUAGCACUAUUCUUGGAGUUAAUGCUACUUAUGCCCAGCGAAUGCGAAAUAUGCUUUUGUUGACCUGCCAGCGUACUGCUUGUCUUUCUUAAGCAGCGUCCACAGCGUCUCAGUGCAAGAGUAGCCAAUAUCUUGAUUUAUUACCGGCUUAAAUUGACACGGCUUUGAAUGAGGAUUAUGU